GUUAUGGCGUUUUGUGAAAGACGUUGAUUGUUUUUAAUUUUAUAAGUGUUGUUAAUGUCAGUGUAACUUUUAUAACUUAAACUUAAUAUGAGUAGAUAUUACGAUUAUAGUAGCGCCAUAGCAUGUUGACAUGAAAAAAGUUGGUCGUCAACAAUGGUUAAAACAAGGUCUUCAGCGAGGGUAGUCAACGCUGCCCAGAGUGCACCAGCCACAAAUGGAAAUUCUUCUGAAAUAAGAACCAAAAAUAAGGGCUAUUCUAGGAACAACCAGGGGAUACAGUCUGGUGCAACAGGCACAAACUCGCAAGGCAAAGACCCGCUAGCGCCCGCGCUCCAGGGCUCCCGCAACAUGUACCAACACCCAGUGGUCAGUGGGUACAGUAUAGUCAAUAAUCCACAGGAUUCCAGGUCACAGACACUACCAGUCACGGGCCAUCAAAAUCCCAUGUACGCUAGCAGCAUGUACCACGGGUACGGCGGGUCGGGGGGCGCCACGCUCGCGCCGAUGCCGUCCCCGUCCCCCUCCGCGCAGAUACCGCCGCCCUUCCCUGUGCACCCUGAUGUUAAGUUUAAGAAGCUACCUUUCUAUGAUGUGUUGGCGGAACUCAUGAAGCCAUCAACCAUGAUGCCGAUGCAAGCUGGUCGGAUGCAAGAAGGCACAUUUAUAUUCCACCUCACACCGCAACAGGCUACAGAAAUCGCUUCAGGGAAAGACGUUGUUGGCACUAGUAAUAAACUGGAUUAUGUUAUACAGGCGCAGCUAAGAUUUUGUCUAUUAGAAACUUCAUGUGAACAAGAAGACUACUUCCCACCUAGUGUUAAUGUUAAAGUAAACAAUAAGAUGUGUCCACUACCAAACCCAAUCCCCACAAACAAGCCCACGCCAGAACCAAAGCGGCCUCCCCGGCCAGUAAACAUUUCCUCCCUCGUCAAACUGUCACCAACUGUAGCGAACACUAUACAUGUAUCAUGGGCUGCUGACUUCACGAGAGCCUACGUACUGAGCGUGUUUAUGGUUAAGAAGCUCACGUCAGCGGAACUGCUGCAGCGCUUAAAGAAUAAGGGGACCAAGAAUCCGGAUUACACUAGAUCGCUUAUCAAAGAGAAGCUCUCAGAAGACUACGACAGUGAAAUAGCAACAACUUCACUCCGCGUAUCUCUAAUGUGCCCGCUGGGAAAGAUGCGCAUGUCGUGCCCGUGCCGGCCGGCGAACUGCCCGCACCUGCAGUGCUUCGACGCGUCGCUGUUCCUGCAGAUGAACGAGCGGAAACCCACGUGGCUGUGCCCCGUGUGCGACCGCCCCGCGCCUUAUGACUCCCUGGUAGUUGACGGCUACUUCCAAGAGGUGCUGACGUCGGGGCGGCUGGCGGGCGACUGCAACGAGAUCCAGCUGCACGCGGACGGCAGCUGGUCGGCGCACUCGCCGCCGCCGCGCGUGCCGCAGGUCGCGCCCGCCGCCGAGCCCGUCACGCUCAUACCGGACGAUCUGGAAGUGAUACCGCUGGACAGUAACGGAGCAAAGAAAGCGGCGGUCGGUGAGAACCGAACGCCCAAAUCCACAGAAGUAUUGGUUGAUCUCACAUCGGACUCGGAGGACGAGUUGCCGCUCAAACGGAAGACACCCGCACCCAAGUCGUCACCAAUUGCACCUGUAACACCCAAAGAAGAGAAUUAUUCCUCAAAUGCAGCUGAAGCAGUCUCAUCGAGCGGCUACAGAUCCCCGAGCGGCGCGUGCGGUGUGAUCUCGCUGGACAGCCCCUCGCCCCCCGCGCCGACCUCACCCCGCGCGCCCCUCGCACACACCGCGCAUACAGCACACACCGCGCACCCCACACACCCGCCCGAUGAGCCUGAUAAACAGACUGAACAUUGUACAAGUAACAGCGACCGUGAGAACGAAACAUCACCUUCACAUUGGGCUCCGUACGCUGACUCUGCGCGGGAUUCGCACGACUAUCGAAGAACAAUUGUUUAUUCACCAGAUACUGACUGAGGGAGAAGAGUGGCCGGCCGGCGUACGCCAGCGGUCAUUCUUCUGAAGACGAGGAAUCUACAUACGCGGAAGUGCCCGUUAUUCAACCAUAAUAGAAUAAUAAUAAUAAACUAUCGAACUACUCAGUGUUAAAAACAUCAAUAAAGAUUUUCAAAUUUAAUACAUUUCAUUUCCACGUCUCAAAUGUUGGUACAAUGCAAUUUUGAACACCUUCCAUACAAGUUGUUUCUAUUGCAAAUAAAAUACUGAACAUCAUAACAAUCAUAGCGUAGCGGACAUUAUAAAUAUUCCAUAGUAUAGAUAAGUAUUUCUACAUGUCGGAAAUUAUCGUACAAUAAUUAUAUGUAUUUACAAACACUUCUUUUCAUUACAUCUCGAUUAGUUGACCUCUAAGAAAUCUCACAGAAUGAUAGUAAAUUAACAGUUAGAUAGUAAAUAAUUACGAUUAGCUUUUGUUACCUGAUAUUAUUUAAAUCUAAAUAAGUCCGAUACAAUGACUCUAACUAUUAUGUAUGUAUGCGUGUACAAUCUUCUUUGUAAAGGUGUAAAACCAAAUAAUAUGUGUGUAUGAAUAUUUUUAUUUACGAACUACUUUUUCAUUAGAAUUUAAUUAGAUGAAAUGCGCAUUGAUUGGCAAUUAUUGAAAUUUUCAUUUAACAGAUAUUCAAAAUUAUUUAAAUGGCUUUUUUUUAAUACUUUAUUGUCUACAUAUUUAUCAAAAGUCAAAACCAUGAAAUGACAAAAAGUCAAUGAGUCCAAAAUACCCAAGAAAAUACCAUACCUUAAAAUGAAUAAUUUCAAUGUCAAAAAUUAUACUAACCUAUACGUUCUAUAGUAACAGUAGUAAAAAAAUGAUUUCUGGCUACUCGGUUCGGUUCCGGGUAGUUUUAAAAUUUUUAACAGUUAGGGUAUUAAUUUAAUUUCCCAAACUGAGACAAAUGCAAUAAAAAUAAUAAAAAAAUCCGUUCAGCCGUUCUUGAGUAAUAAGUUGUAUAAUUAACACGUCUUUUAUAGUUACAUAUUGCCUAAAGAAACGUUUGAAAUAUUUAUUUGUAUUUAAAAUUAAGAAGUAGCCUAAGUACUGAUAAUAUUACUUUAAUAAAGUGUUUGUGACGGCGCUUAUAUAGUGCUCUUACUUACAUUUUAAAGAUUUAAUGUUAAUAACAAGAUUAUAUCGUAAGGUAGACACAAUAAAUACAAUUAAAUGUAAAUAUGAGAA